GUUGCACUAACCUGCACUAACCUCAGAUGAUGCAUUGAUGACUGAUUAUAUUUCCGUACGCAGAGAGCAGAUAUAUCUCAUAAUGUCGUUUUCGCUUAAAAGAACAUUCAGUAUACAUACACUUUCCGCAUUGGAACAAAAAGUUUAGUAACAUAAAACAAAGCCCGUAUGACAUGAGGCAAGGGUAUAUUUGUGAUUUUGCGUUUGAAGUGCUUUGAUGGUAAUUGAGAUAUGCAGAACCUAACCAAGUGUCCGAAACGAUAUUACAUGGCACCAAGCCGGAUAUUCAAUUUCCCACCCAAAAGCAUUUAUUUUUCAAAUAAAAAGCCCAUUUUCAACGUUAGCCCAUUUAAACACUUGAGUUAUGCGCACAAUAAUGGAGCUCACAGGUUAUCUCUUCCCAUGACUUAUCACGCUUACAAGAAGAUUCGUAAAGAAUUUCAUGCUGUACAAUCGGCGUUAUUGUGCAGUGGGAAGUUUAGCUUUUCUCCGAGAUUUGACAAUGUCAGAUAUUUUAACACCACAUGCAGCAACGCCAAUGAACAAUCACCAAAGAAAUCAGGCCCGGAAAAUCCGGACAAGAAGCCUGACGAAAACGAGCACAUGAAAUCAGUUCUUACUAAGCUCUCCAUGUGGUUUAUGUUAUUAUACUUUAUCCUAAUUGCGCUGAAACACCAGAUAGCAAUGUCAAAUUCGUCAGAACCUGCAGCUUCAGUCUCCUGGAAUGAAUUUGUAUACGACAUGCUGAGUAAAGGGGAAGUCGAAGCGAUUAUUAUAAAUCCUACUAUUGAGCAUGUUAUAAUUGUGCUGCACGACGGCGCCAUUAUUAAAGGUAGAAGAAGCAUGUACAAGAGAUAUCACAUGUCUGUUCCAAGUAUUGAAAAUUUCGAAGAGAAACUGAGGAAGGUGGAAAAAAAGCUUGGCAUAAAAGCUGGUCAAGAAGUACAAGUGAUUUAUGAAAGGAAGAUCGAAUACAUAGCGAGUAUCGUUAAAUUUGCACUUUUUGCGUUGGUAGCCGUUAUUGCUUUUAAUUUUGUGAGAAAACGUUUCUCCUUCAAACCUUUCGAGAUCAUCUCGCAGAUGAAGCAGGCGAAAUUUACUCUAGUCGAACCGUUAAUGGGAAAGGGUAAAGGUGUACAUUUUACGGAUGUAGCUGGAUUGAAGGAGGCUAAAAUAGAAGUGAUGGAAUUUGUCGAUUAUCUAAAAAACCCAGAACGGUACAAGAUGUUAGGCGCAAAAAUACCGCAAGGCGUUUUACUCUUGGGACCUCCUGGGUGCGGUAAAACGUUACUGGCUAAAGCUGUGGCGACUGAAGCGAGCGUUCCUUUCCUGUCUAUGAACGGUUCCGAGUUUAUCGAGGUAUUCGGCGGUUUAGGUGCUGCUCGAGUCAGAGAUUUAUUCAAAGAGGCUAAAAAGAGAGCGCCAAGUAUUAUAUACAUCGAUGAAAUUGAUGCGAUUGGCAAAAAACGUUCAGAGAGCUCACUCGGAGUCGGCGAUCGAGAGUCAGAACGAACGUUAAAUCAACUUUUAGUGGAAAUGGACGGGAUGAUAGCGAAAGAAAAUGUUAUUAUACUGGCCUCGACAAAUAGGGCAGACGUAUUGGAUAAAGCGUUACUGAGACCGGGCAGAUUCGAUCGGCACAUUUUAAUCGAUCUUCCCACGUUAGAGGAGAGGCAGCAAAUCUUCGAAACUCAUCUCAAAAAGAUAUCUCUACAAGACAAACCUUCGAAAUACUCGGGAUACCUGGCUUAUCUUACACCCGGUUUUAGUGGUGCUGACAUAGCAAAUGUUUGCAACGAAGCCGCGUUGCAUGCUGCGAGGGAUAAGAAGAAACAAGUAAACAGCAGCGACCUUACAUACGCGAUCGACAGAACGAUUGGCGGUUUGACAAAGAGAAAUAAUCCGUUGACACCGUCCACGAAACGCGUCGUCGCCUACCACGAGGCCGGUCAUGCACUGGUAGGAUGGUUGUUAGAGCAUACCGAUGCCCUGCUCAAAGUAACGAUAGUGCCACGAACCAACUUGAAACUGGGAUUUGCGCAAUACACUCAAUCCGAUCAGAAGCUCUAUAGUAAGGAGCAGCUUUUUGAACGGAUGUGUAUGACGUUAGGUGGUCGAGUCGCGGAACACGUGACGUUCGAUAAAAUCUCGACGGGCGCCGAAAAUGAUUUGAAAUCGGUAACAAAAACGGCGUAUCUUCAGGUUCAACAAUUCGGAAUGAGUCCAGCUGUGGGUUUACUUUCUUUCGACGAAGAACAUACCAGCACGAAAAAUAAAAAACUGUACAGUAAAAGGUUAGCCAAUUUAAUGGACUCCGAAGUAAGAAGAAUAAUAGGGGAAGCGUACGAGCGAACUCGCAAGUUGCUUUUGGACAACAAAGAUAAAUUAGAUACGCUUGCGGAAGCUCUAAUGAAGAAGGAAACAUUGUCGUAUGACGAUGUAGAAAAAUUAAUUGGACCGCCGCCUUAUGGAAAGAAGCGACUUGUGGAACCAGCAGAAUUUGAAAAUUCUGGUCCAGCUAGAGAAUCCCCAUCGGUAGACAGAGAACCAGCAGAGUGAGGAAAUUAAACAUUUUUUUAGAUUUAAAAACAGCAACAGAACAUUUAAUAUUCUGUAUAAAGACUAGUAUGAUAAAAUAUAUUGAAUAUAUUAAAAGA